GAAACCUUUUCUUUCAUCCCUCGGUCCAAUUUUAAAACUCAUUAUCCACUCUGCACAUGAGCUGACCGUCAGUCUCGACAAUGCUCCGCCAGGCUCGUCUACCCUUGGCUCGCCUGGCCAAUUCAAUUGCCCCAAGGAGAUUCGCUCCAUCAUACUGUGCCGUUCGUGGUGCCAAAACAAAAAGUACUAUCAAGUUUCAGGAAUUACCACAAGGCGCCCUUGCUCCCGCUGCUCUGCCCAUAACAGAGGAACACCCGGAUGAUCAGGUCCAGGUCUAUCCGCGUGUCAUCCAGCAACACCUCAACAAUGUCAACAAGUUCAGCGAUUGCGUUGUGCUCACUCGCAUAGGCAACUUUUACGAGCUUUAUGGCGACCAAGCCGAGCAAUACGCCCCACUUCUCAAUCUCAAAGUAGCCCAGAGGAAGACUGGUCUCGGUCCUGUAGCAAUGGCGGGCUUUCAGUACACCCAACUGGAUCGUUACCUGAAAUCUCUCGUACAGGGUUUGAACAAACAUGUCGCCAUCAGCGAGGAAAUUCGAAAUUCGCCUGCUGAUCAAGUCAAGAAUGGCGGUCUCCUCUACAAUCGCAAAGUAUCCCGUAUCAUCACUGCUGGCACCUUGGUGGACGAGACCUUUAUGGAUCCGUUCGAGAACAACUUCUUACUAAGCAUACAUGCCAAUAUUGACACGGCAGACGAUGGCACCAUCUCACAGGAUACGGAUGUCGGUCUUACAUGGGUUGACCUCUCUAGUGGUGACUUCUUCACACAGAAUACAGACAUAGCCUCACUUGGCUCGGUAAUUGCUCGCGUAGGAGCCCGCGAGAUUGUUCUAGAUUCUAGCUUUGAGCAAGUUGACCGAUCUCAAUUGGAUCGAUGGCUGGGGGACGGAGGACAUGCCGUGACAUACCACAGUCCAGAUCCCGAAUUUGACUCUAUCAAGCAGUGGGCUCCUAUGUUAGAAAAACCCGUACCAUCAGAAGAGUGCCUCCUUUUCUCUGCCCAAGAGGUGCUGGCAGGCUCACUGCUCUUAGAUUAUGUCAAAGGCAGGUUGCUCGAGCUGAACGUUUCGCUGAGAUGUCCCAUUCGUCGCAACCAACGUGAUUAUAUGAGCAUCGACAAACAGACCUUGAAAGCUCUGGAGAUCCGAUCCACGCUUCGAGACGGUCUCUUCCAGGGCAGUCUGCUUCAUGCGAUUCGAAGAACGACAACCAAGAGCGGUGCUCGGCUUUUGAACCAGAGACUAGUCUCACCUUCCAUGUCUAUUUCGGAGAUCAACAGUCGUUUGGAUUUGGUGACUGAACUGUUAGAGUACGAUCAGUUACGCGAAGAUGCUAUAUCAGCAUUACGAAGAACAACAGAUGUCUUGAGACUACUACAGAGAUUCUCUAUAGGCAAAGGGGAUGCUGAUGAUUUACUCGCUCUCGCCAAGACCGUAAAGAUCAUCAACCAGAUUGUAGAUAUAGUGAACGCUCAUGUGCCUCCUCAAACGAGAACGACAGAUUCAUCUUCUUCAUCAAUACAGUUGAGAGCAUUAGUCAAUCGCCUUGAUCUGGACGGUCCUUUGAAACUUGCAAGCCGCAUUCUGGAUGCCAUUGAUGAAGACGGCCUUUCUCAACAACACCUAGCCGAGGAGGCAGAGGCGGUGGUUGCUGCCGAACUUGCGGAACAGAUCAUCGAGACAGAUGAGCUCGAGUCCAAACCGGCAAAACGUGGCAAAGUCAGUGCUAAGAAGACUGUGGUAGUCCCUGAUCUCAAUACAGGAGAGUUCUGGAUCAUGCGCAGGAGUGCAAGUACGGCCUUGAAGUCGGGGCAUCAGACUCUUGACAACGUCAUGAAAGAAAAAUCACAGCUCUUCGACCGUCUAAGAACGGAAAUAGGAAACACAUUAGUACUCAAGUGGACUCCGCAAUUAGGGCACUUCUGUCAUGUCAAGGGCAAAGACGUCCGGGCGGAGGUACCAGAUGCAAGGAACGUCAGCUCGACCAAGAACACAAGGGCUUUCUACCUCCCGGAAUGGACACAUCUGGGUUCACGACUGGAAGACGCAAAGACACGUAUUCGCAUCGAAGAGCAAAGAGUGCUCAACGACCUGCGUAAGCGAGUUAUCGAGAAUUUGGUCAAGCUGCGACGUAAUGCCAGUAUUCUUGACGAGUUGGAUGUCGGAUGCUCGUCUGCAACCAUGGCAACAGAGAGGAACUUAAUCAGACCAGUCCUACACUCUGGUACGACACACAAUCUUGUUGGCGGUCGUCACCCAAUGGUAGACGUAGGUCUUCAAGCGCAAGGCCGGCUUUUCACUGCAAACGACUGUGUUGUGGGCGGAAACCAGAGUAUCCUUCUUAUCACAGGACCCAAUAUGGCUGGAAAGAGUACCUAUCUCCGACAAAAUGCACUGAUUACCAUCUUGGCCCAGACCGGUUGCUUUGUUCCUGCGGAUUUUGCAGAAAUUGGACUGGUGGACAAGAUCUUCAGCAGGGUAGGCUCGGCCGACAAUUUAUACAACCAUCAAUCAACGUUCAUGGUCGAGAUGUUGGAGGUGGCCGACAUCCUCAACCAAGCCACUCCACACUCAUUCAUCAUCAUGGACGAGGUCGGUAGGGGAACAACUCCAGAAGACGGUGUCGCUGUGGGCUAUGCUUGUCUACAUCAUCUGCACUGCACCAGUCCUUGUCGCACUCUGUUUGCUACGCAUUUCCAUUCUUUGGUCGACAUGACGAAAAGUUUUGAUCACUUAGCGUGUUAUUGCACCGACGUUGCUGAAGAGGAGGAUGGCUCUUGGGUCUAUGUACACAGGCUCCGGAAAGGAGUGAAUAGGGACUCGCAUGCAUUGAAGGUUGCUAAACUCGCUGGUCUGCCAGAAACGGCCAUCGCUGUGGCCAAGAGCGUCCUCGAUGGGUUUGAACGUGAAAGGGAAGAUCGGCCUUAAGCUCUC